CUCAAGUAAUUGCCUUAGAAUGAGCACAGUUUUAUUAGUCGUAGCUCUGACACUAUUUGUAUUGGCCUUUUUAAGCCAUGUAACGACAAAACGAAAACGUAAAGCUGUUAAAAACAUAGUUGGACCCCACAAUUUGCCGAUUGUGGGGGCAGUACAUUUCGCCUAUCAACUGAAUCCCGAAAAUUUCCUUCAACGGGCUCGUGAAAAUUCUCUGAAAUAUGGGCCCAUUCACAAAGUGUGGGCAUUUAAUCGUUUGAUUAUUGCCUCUGCCGAUGCCGAACUAAAUGAACAGAUUCUGACCAGUACCACGCACAUAACCAAACAUCGUCUGUAUGGAGUUCUCUAUGAUUGGCUGGGCAAUGGCCUGUUGACCAGCGAUGGUCGUAAAUGGCACUCACGACGUCGAAUUAUUACACCGGCAUUUCAUUUCAAAAUUCUUGAGGAAUUCUUGGAGGUAUUCGAUCAGCAGUCUAAAGUUUUGGUGAACUGUUUGUCGCCAAUGGCCGACGGCCGAACCACAUUCGAUGUUUAUCCUUUUGUAUGUGCUGAAACAUUGGAUAUCAUUGCGGAAACGGCCAUGGGUACUAAGGUAAUGGCUCAGACUGGUGGUACGAAGGAGUAUACGAAAGCUGUUGAGGAAAUGACACGAAUGAUGGCAUGGCGCUUUCUACGAUUACACAUACACUCCGACUUUAUCUUCUCCAUUCUUCAUCCAUUCAAAAAGAUGCAGAUGAUGAGGAAUUUACGCAUAAUGCAUGAGUUCACAGAUAAGGUAAUCAAUGAACGACGCAGCACACUGAAAGCUUCCUUGGCGAAAGCAAGCCAGGAGACGGCCGAUGAUCAGGAGCACUUUGAUGUUGGCCAGAAGAAGCGAAUGGCGCUGCUGGAUGUCCUGCUGCAGUCGACAAUUGAGGGUGAACCCCUGUCCAAUGAGGAUAUACGCGAAGAAGUCGAUACAUUUAUGUUUGAGGGGCAUGAUACCACAGCUACAGCCCUGAGUUUUACCCUGCAUAUAUUGGCCCGCCAUCCAGAGGUCCAGGAAAAACUCUUGGCCGAAAUUCAUAACGUCUAUGGAAAGGAGGAUCCCAAACCAUUUUCUCUGAUGAAUUUGAAUGAAUUGAAAUAUAUGGAAUGCGUAAUUAAGGAAGCACUGCGCAUGUUUCCGCCUGUUCCCAUAAUUGGUCGGGAAAUUAAGGAAGAUUUAAAAUAUAAACACUCGCAACUGGGCGAAGGAAUAAUUCCGGCUGGUUCGGAACUCAUUAUUGGCAUUUACAAAAUGUCACACGAUUUAUUUACAUUUGAAGAUCCCUCAGAAUUCAUACCCGAACGUCACGAAAAACCUCUGAGCAAAAGCUUUGAGUAUCUGCCAUUUAGUGCGGGGCCACGAAAUUGUAUUGGCCAAAAAUUUGCCAUGUACGAAAUGAAAGUUACCCUGACCAAUGUAAUUCGGGAAUAUGAGUUACUGCCGCUGGGUGAGGAUACCAAAGCGAUACUGGGUAUUGUCUUACGUUCAAAAACGGGCAUGCAAUUGGGUCUGAGGAAGAGAGUGAAGUAGACGACACCCUAUAUUGUUGACUGAUAUUUGUGAUAUUAAUACAUGUGAUAAUGUUUAGAAAAUUAAAAUAAAAUUUGAAUAAUUAAUGUAAGUUUUGAU